UACGGGAGCGCCAGAGGCGGGCGCGUAGUAUCGCCGCGUCCGGGAUGUCGCUCACGGAACCAAGAUGGCAUCCGAGGACGGUGCGGGUAUCGUGUCAAACGUAGGAUGUGAUGUAAAUAACACGAGCCAGCGAGCGACCGAGUCAGUUGGGGGCGAAGCGGCGGUUGUUACGUCAUCCGGGACGGCGUCGCGCACCGUUGUCGAGAGGACGGAGGGACGCGCGCGCGAUCCCGCGCGCAAUUCGCCGAGGACGCCCACGAGUCUCCCCGCAGCGUCACCGCAGUUUCACGCGAACACGGAAGGGCACGCAUUACGGAGGGACACGGGCCUCGCGGGCAGCGGGUCCGGUGAUGCGGUGGCUGAACUGGUCGCGAGCAGCGAGCCCGACAGCGAAGCGACGCAGCAGCCGUCCGCCCAACGGCGCAGCAUGUCUCACCAGAGUGGUGACCUGGACAACGGCGCUUGUCUUCCGGGAGAGCCAGACGGAAGUCCAGAUCAUUGCAACAAUGAUGUAGUAAAAACUACUAAGGAAUCAGUUCAACAUAUUACAUAUACCGAUUCCAUGUGUAAUAACGACACAAUGUUAUCUGACAUACAUAUUUUAUCUACUAAAGCAAAAUUAGAAGGAUGCAUGAAUUUCUCUAACAAUACGCCACAGUUGGGAGAGAGCCCACAAAGUAGUGGUGAAGUAAUUAGCAGUCCGAGGAGUCCUGACUAUCCACCAAGAGUUUCUGUCAGCCCUCAUCCUCAUAGUCCAGAUACGACGUUUCCCAUCAGCAUGAUGCCGGCGAAUUCUACAGUUAUUAUGGACACAGCGAAAUAUAAUGAAGAGAACACUGACAAUGUGGCCACAUGUAUGGAUAAAAUAACAGAAUAUCCAUUUUGUUCAUCAUCAGAGAAGAUAGGCGAUACACAAGUUGGUAUUGUAAAAACAGAAUCAAGUAAACAGCAGGAUGCUGAUGGAGAAGAAGACAUCACAGAUAAAGAAUUGAAAACAGAACCUAUUGAAUUUAAAAAAGAACCUGUAGAUUCACAAGAGGAACUUGAAAUGAUUAAACCCAAAUGGGUAGAAGAUAGUUUUUCGGCGGUAGAAUCGGAUAAAGCGGAUGCAGCGAUAGAGUCUCAAGAUAAAUCCACAGAUUCCACUGCUAAUCCAUCUUCCAGUUCGCAUUCGAAAACCUACUCGUCUUCAAGAGAGAAACGCUCGAAAGAAGACAGACGAUAUUGCUCACGGUGUCAUAAACGCAAAGGAAUAAAAAGAGCGAGCAUCGGUGUACAAUGUAAACGGGAUCGUCAUGUUUUAUCAUCAUUGAGCAGCAAGGUUCUCCCUUUCUCGAAAUCGGUCAAUGAAAAUCUAAGGUUAAAUCUACAAACAAAAAACUACAAGAUGCUAAAUAAUCCGGUGAUGAAAAGAGAAUUGCUGGAAGGCCUAAAGUACAAAAAGUUUAUCCAUAUAGAAACGUAUCCUAAUGGCGGGGCAACAGUCGUCCACAUGUUUCAGGAUGAGAUUGGUACUUUGACACAUGAACAAAUGCAAGAAUUAACGCAAGAGUACUUUAAGGUGGUUUUUGGUGAAGAUGAAAAUGGAAACGCUCAUCAUGUUAUGGGCAUAGUACACAACGCAGCUGCGUACCUACCUGAUCUUCUGGACUACAUGGCUAAUAAUUAUCCCACGUUGACUGUAAAAAAUGGAGUAUUGGGUAGAAGUAGUGAUAUAGAAACAACCACAAUGGCUCAAUACAAAGAUCAAGUUUGUAAAGCUUAUAGUAACGGUACUAUUAGAUACGGACCGUUGCACCAGAUAAGUUUGGUGGGCACUGUUCACGAAGAGGUUGGCGGGUAUUUUCCUGAUCUGUUGCAAAAAUUAGAAGAGAAUCCAUUUCUAAAAAUGACGAUGCCUUGGGGACCUCUGUCUGUCGUGAAAAUGGACACACCGCAAGAGUCGAAUGAUGGUCCUAUCUUGUGGAUUCGACCGGGCGAGCAAUUGGUACCAACAGCCGACAUAAACAAAAGCCCGUACAAACGGCGCAGGACGGGUAUCAAUGAGUUGAGGAAUUUACAAUACCUACCACGACUCAGUGAGGCUCGAGAAUAUAUGUUCGAAGAUCGUACAAAAGCGCAUGCCGAUCACGUUGGCCAUGGAUUGGACAGAAUGACCACAGCGGCAGUCGGCGUACUGAAAGCCAUUCACGGCGGACAGCCAUCCCAAUACAACAGAGUCACGAAGGACGUCGUGGCCUUUUACGCGGGUGACUUCACCGAACUUGUCGAGAAGUUGCAGUUAGAUUUGCACGAGCCACCUAUAUCGCAAUGCGUACAAUGGGUGGAGGACGCGAAGUUGAAUCAAUUACGCCGACAAGGUGUCCGUUACGCCAAGAUAAAUCUUUACGACAACGAUAUAUAUUUUCUACCGCGCAACAUCAUCCACCAAUUUAGGACGGUUACAGCCGUUUCGAGUAUCGCUUGGCACAUCAGAUUGAAGCAAUAUUACUCGGAAUCGCAACACAGUACGAGCAUCAGACAUAGUCGCGUAGUAAACGAAUCCACUCAUCGUAUCAAAGAGAAAAAGCCUCUGGAAGUUGUCUGUAAAGGUGACGAGCAGAAAGAAAACACGAAUCGGCAGCGUUUAGAACAGAAAUUGUCGAUCGAUUCUCUCGAGAAGGCGAAGGAGAGAGCAGCCGAAUACCAGGGUAAUUUGAAGAAAUCUGACCAACACGGAAAGCAUCGUAAGAGUCGACAUCACUCCAGACAUUCGUCGCUCAAACGAAAAGACAAAGAAGAGAGUAAUGAUAAACCGUCGUCGUUUGGUAGUACCAAAUCGUCCAAGAGUGAGAGCAAUGAGCAGAAGCAGAGCAACGACAAGAGGGACGAGAAGAGGUCGGAGAAGAAACAUAAGGAUCGUCGCCGUAGCGGUGAGAAAUCAAGCAGUCAUCACACACAUAGCAACGGCAGUGGCAGUUCAGAAAUCUGUCAUUCCUGCAAGAAGAAAAAAUACGACAGCAAUGGUCACAAAUUGGAUCAUCGUUGUAGUCAUCACGAGAGAUCCAGCGGUAAGAGUAUGUCGAGUAAAGAGAGCAUUGCUGGCGUAACAGAAGCAAGAAUCGUUUCCAAGUUCGAUAAUUCGUCUUCCUUAAAGGAGACCAAGAGACGACUGAGCAGUUCGGAAUUGUCUUCGUCGGUAGAUACAUCUGGAACUGGAGAUUCAUCUCCGAUUGUUCUCGAAGAAGAGGUAUUAAUGCAGCGGCAAACCGUCGCCAAAACGUACGCCACCGAGGUUGUGGACAGAGCGUUGGAGAUAGCUAUCUAUAAGUCGAAGACUGACGUCGAGGAGGUAUGCCAGUCGCUACGCGCCGAAGUUUCGGAAGCUUCGAAGGAGGUGCUAGAGAAAAUACACAAGGAGAGUUUCGAGAUCGCCGAGCAAUGGUUUAAGGAUGAUGCCGCGAAACUGGAGAGAUACUGCCACUUGCUCGAGAUGGAGACCGUAAUGGCGUUCACGUCAAAGAUGGAAUGCGCGACGGAGAAUGCCGUUAAGGCACUGAUCGAAAUGGCAGAGGACGAGGCGAAGGAACGUGCGAAAAACGAGAAAACCACCGACUUUGUCACCGACGGCAAUCCGUGCAGCGAGAAUUCGGCAACGACGUCGGCGAUGACGACGACCGGUGUCUCUUCGUAUUCUUCCUCGUCCGUCGUAUCCUCCACAUCUCCAUCUGAGAAUGAUAGACAUAGCAACAGUAGAAACGGUAGUAGCGAUGAGAAUUCGCCAAAAUCAUUCGAGUCUCACGGCACGGCGCACUCGAAAUUAAAAUGUAAAUGCAGAGACGAGAAAGACUGCAGAGAACGAAGGCACAAGAAAAAAAGGGACCACGAGAAACGGGAGCGAAAGCACGACAGACAUCACCAUCGGAGUCCCACCCAAUUGAAGCCCGAAUCUAAAACGUCUGACGACACCAGCAAGGAUGACACUCUGAGCAUUGCCGGAGUGUCGUCGCACAGCUAUCCUGCGGUCGAAAAAUCGGAACGGAUGAGUUCGAAGGACGUUGAAAAGAAAUCGGAGGAGAAGAGGAAGAAAUGCCACUGCAGUGAUCAUCACUGCACUCACAGGCAUGGAGAGAAGAGAUCGUCCGGUAGUGGCAUCAGCAAGGAUAGCCACGCGACGUCGAGUCGUUCCCACUCUUCGAGCUCGAAGCACAAGAGGAAGUCCAGUUCAUCCAGCGAACACAAGGACGUGAAAAGAUCGUGUUUGGAGAAGGACUCGAGCAUGCGAACAUCCGAAACAUCAACGCCAACGCCGACAACAACGAUUACUGCAGCAGCCACAACGACGCAUUCGUCAGCGACGAACACUGUUGUGUCGACCACGUGAAAAGAUGAUUGUUUGGCGACUGUAAUACAAUCCGUUCGUUAAGAACGUGAAUCCGUAUGCAGCGGAGCGAAACCGGUGUUUUCACCUGAACGCGAUUGGAUUUUAAUCCCGUAUCCUCAUCCCGUGCGUCUAAAAACGCGCACGUUUCGCGAUCGAAAAGGCGCGAGAGAAAAGGAUCAGCAGGAUAAAUUAUGAGCGAUGAGAGAGGUACUUGUACUCUUACCAAAGUAGAGAUCGCCGUGUUUCAAUCCAAAGACGAGAGACAAAACCUUUACUUGAUUGAAAGAAUUUGCUAUCUUUAUCCUUCCCUGCGUCUGCAUAGCAUCACACGUCACUUGAACACAAUACACAGGAAACAUGCAUACCGCCUUAGUCUCAACAAGAGCAAAGAAGUUAACAAUACGAGAAAGUAGUAUUGUUCUUUAGAAAGUACAUACACAUCCAUAUGCACACGAAAAAACAUUAUAUACAUAUACGUAUACACGCAGAUAUAUAUCCAUACAUCUUCCGAAUCUACAGAAUCGCAAAAAUUAUUUUGCUACGAAAGAAAGCGUAAUCUGGACGUCUCCAUACACUGCUGAGAGAAUUAAAACUAAUAUUUAUAGUAUAGACGCGACCAAAUGAAAGACAUAGGAAAUGGGAAUUUGUACAAAUUUGUGAUCGCGAAAAUUAAUCCCAAUUAAUAUGACGGAGCUGUGUACUUGUACAUAGAAUUAAAAUAUUAUUUUUUUUUUUCUUUCCAAGAAUCAUGUCUCACCACGCGCGGAGAGCUCGCUUAAGUUAUUUAUGUGCAUUAUUCUAUGCGUAAAUUAUUUAUGACUAAUUUAUUUUUUUUUUUUUUUUUUUUUAUAUAUUGGCCAUUUUUACGCUAACAUGAAACCAAGUCCAUACAUAUGGAAACUUGACGCGAUUUCUCAGUCGAUGCGGCCGUACUCGUUUCAUAAUUCUUAAUAGCACUAUAUAUGAUUUACUUUUAUAUAUACAUAUAUGAUUACGCUGUAUCGAAUAUUUAUAUCUUGUACAAUAUGUAGAAUGUCUGCAUAUUAAGAUAUAAACAUUCAUUGACAUCUUAUGUCUUAAGAAUGUCUUAAGAGAGAGAUAAGACAUCUUGUACAUACAUAUACAUAUAUACAUAUAUAUAUAUAUAUAUAAAAACUUGACAAUUAAAGUACUGAGCAUAAGAUAUAAGGAAGACACUUUUGCACGCGACUUUACAUUUGGUAUAUACAUCGCAAAAUUGUCGCGAUAAGUUAUUAAUAAUAUUCCUUAUUAUCUGUUGAGAGUUUAUCUUACCCAGUAAUAGCUAUGUAUUAAGGAUAUCUUAGCGCGCUAGUUAGUGAGCAGUACUAUCGCCGAUCCCUACUUCUUUUCACGAGGGGCAGUUAAAAGUAAUACAUUUUAGUUUAUAAUUGGGAAAAAAA